AUGGUAACUCUAGGCGAAAAUAAUUCCCAUCCCGAAGCUAUUUCGGAUAUCGUGUCCGCCGGCGCUGACAUGUUUCGACUCAAUAUGUCUCAUAAGGAUUGUAAAUGGCAUGAAUUGACUCUUCAGUCAGCCAGACGAACCGAAAAUAAACUCCACGAAAGAUGUCCCCUGUAUUUCCCGCUUGCGAUCGCGGUGGACCUUCGUGGUCCCGAAAUUCGAACCGGCAUAUUUCGCGGGGACUCGAAGAAUAUGGGGUUUGCUGAAUUAAAAGAGGGAAAUACCUUGAGACUACUUACGAAUAAAAAGGUGAAACUAGCUGGGACCGCCACUUGCUUUUGGGUGUCUUAUCCAGAUUUGCCGAAAAAAUGCCAAAUCGGAGACCAGAUAUUAUUAGACCGGGGGGCCAUGACUCUGCAGGUGACCGCAAUAGGCGAAGAUUUCGUGACAUGCAAGAUAUCGAAAGGUGGAAUCAUCAGGGAUGAAAAAAUAGUUCAUUUGAUUGACUCUGUGGUAGAGCUGCCCCAAGUCUCCGAACAAGACGACUUUGACAUUGCAUUCGCCUUGAACCAUAAAUCUGACUUUUUGAUAGUGUCUCAUGUACGUAGUAGUAAAAUGAUAUGUGCGGUCAGGAAUAGAGUCGAACAAAUAGGCUCCCGUCCAAUAUGCAUCCUAUCGAAGAUUUCCUCUCUACAAGGAGUGAAUUGUUUCGACGAGGUAUUGAAAGUGUCCGAUGGCAUUGUCAUCGAUGGAUCUGGAAUUGAAGUUGACACCGGACCGGAGAAAGUCUUUCUGGCUCAAAAGUCCAUUAUUGCAAAGUGUAACCAGGUUGGGAAGCCCGUGGUGGUGGUGCUCCACGUGGAAACCGAGUGCAGCCUGCAGGUGAGCACCGCUCACGUGGUUAACGCCGUUCUCGAAGGGGCCGACAGCAUCUUGCUAGCGACCGGGGCUUCGAGCGCGGAAAACACCAUUGAUCUCGUCAAGAAGGUCGACAAAGCUUGCAGAGAAGCCGAAUGUGCCAGGUGGCAAAGACAGCUCUUCCAGGAACUCAGUUACAAGGCCUCGAUACCUCUCGACCUGACGCACUCGAUCGCAAUCGCGGCCGUAGAAACAUCCAUGAAGUGCAACGCAGCCGCCAUUUUGGUGACCACGACUACAGGUCGUUCCGCCAUGAUGGUCUCCAUAUACAGGCCCCGUUGUCCAAUAGUGGCAAUUACUCGUUACAGUGCUGUUUCUCGAUUACUACAAAUUUCUUUUGGCAUCCACCCAAUUCAUUUCAGCCAUGCACCGCUGUCAGACUGGAAUAAGGAUAUGGACACUCGGAUUCAGUGGGGCAUGAAUUAUUUGCGGAAUGAAAAAUUCAUCGACACAGGUGAUGUCGUCGUCAUAGUGAGUGGAUGGUGCCAAGGCAGUGGAUUUACAAAUUCCAUUCGAGUAGUAUACGCUUCGCCCGGUGCAAUUCCUAAUCGAAUAGAAGACCUUGAAGUAUGUUGGUGA